UGACUGUAUGCACCUCAGCCCUACAGAAUCUUCAACACGUGGAUGGGAGACCCCUCAAAGAAUCUGUUCUUAUCAGAGUUGCUUAAUGUGAUCCGAAGAGAGAACCUUCUGGAGGAGGUGAUGCGCUCAGGGAAGACUCUUCUACAGGGCCUUUACGCACUGCAGACCCAGUAUCCUCAUAUCCUGAGCAGAGCCCGCGGCCAGGGUACAUUCUGUGCCAUAGACGCCUGCAAUGAUGCCACACGCGACAGUAUCAUGAUUAAAGCCAGGAACAAGGGUCUGUUUAUGGGUUCCUGUGGAGAAAAGACCAUCCGUUUCCGUCCCACUUUGCUCUUCAAGGAGUACCAUGUCCAUCAGCUCCUGAACAUCCUGAACGACGUCCUGGCUGAGCAUAAAUAGAGUUCUGGCUGCCAGGUCGGCCUUGAUUACGGAGCAUAUAGGGGUCCAAGCCCACUCAAGGGUUUAUAGCAGCCUGUCACAAUUAAUUGGUCACUGUCUCUCUCUCUCUUUUCAUUCACUGUCUUCCUGUCAUUACUAAUUAAGGAUAGAAAUCUGUUUUCUAUCUCUUUUUAUUUAGCUGACAGAUUUCAGCCCCAUCGCCAUAUUUCUCGUCUUUUACUGACAGAUUGAAGAUCUGAAGGAGUUUGCAGGAAAUAACCCACUCAAGUUACACAUUUAAAUAAAUCCCUCCUGAUGACAUUUCAACUGUGUGAACUGUAAGGUCCUACAAGCCGCAAGUCAGUUGAAUAAAGCAAUAUAGUGACACACAGAGACAGUACAGGACUUCUAAUCACAAUAUUUCAUAUCUCUUUAUGUAUCAAAUAAAGUCCUUAGCAUUUGGAAGGUGACAUGAAAAGAUUAAUGAUCUGAUUAUGUAUGAUACCAAAACUACAGAAAAUAAGCUAUUGUCCGAUUGAUUAUAUCAUUUAUGGAGAUAAAAUUGAACUAUUUUAGUAUCUAUAGAUACUAAUAUCUGUAUUUGAAAUGUCUAAAGUGUGACAUUUUGCAUGACGGAAGAUUGAAUUUACAGAGUACCUGAAUAUAACCGUCCUCUCUGAAUUAAAAGCAUGUGUGCAAGACAAAUUGUGGAAGCAGCGUUGGCCUCACUGCAUUCUGAGGCACUAGAGCCAGCCAAUGGAAAGCUGGAAAAAGGGAAAGUGCAGAGAACCGUAUAGCCUCUAUUCCCAUUUCAAUAAAACGUCUGUUGAGAUGAAAACCUUCAAGCAAUAAGCAACCCUUUAUUGAGGUGGCUGCUUUACUGUCAUUGCAGUCAUAAAGAACCAUUGCCAUUACUGAGACACGAGGCCUCUCGUUUGAAUCCCGGUGAGAGAUCUAUGAGCGCAGUGUUUCCAGCACAAACAUUUAAAGCACAACCUGGUGUGGUAAUGUGAGGGCUGAUAUUUCCUACAAUCUAACAGAAUUAAUAUGGUUUAUGAAAGGCCAAACAUCCACCUAACAAUAGUAAUCUGUCAGGACUCAUGUUUGAAAAGCACAAGCUUGUUGAGGCCGCUCCUCUGCUCAGGUGAACAUGAUCCCCUCAUGUUUCUCAUUACUGGCAAGAAAAAAAAGGUAUAUUGUUCUGCUGGAUAUCAACUACAUGGUCAUCUUCACUUAAUGGUUAUCACAGCCUGUAAGCGUUUCUGAUCUUUGGGGUGAUUCUCCUCUUCCAGUUGCUCCGAGCCGACAGAGUAAACGUCCCUUCCGCUUGAUUAAAACACUUAAACCCCAGUAUGUACUUACUGUAGUGAGAUUAUGCAAUGCUCAUUGUGUAAGUUUUGUCUGUGAAUACUAAAAUGUUUCCAGCCGCAUCGGAAUCAAGUUUCUUAUCUGACAUUACCGCAUCAAAUAUUAAUAUGUACAAAAUCAAACUCUCUCUAACACGGUGUUAUUCUUUCGUGAUAUUGUGUCCCAUAUGUUAGUGUAAUGUAGAAAUGUAAUUCAUGUUGUUUUGGGUGUCUUUAAACGUUCCUUUUAAUGCUGCGAUCAGGCAGCGUGCAUAGCAGCAAUCGGAGUUGUGAAAGCAGUCUGUACUUGGCAAAGUCCGUAUUUAAUUGAGAAAUGUGUAUUUACAGACACUAACAAUUAGGUCUAUAUAAUAAAUGCAGAUGUUUACAGUUGUGUUGUACAAACAGAAAGAAAUUGAUGUGCUUUCUACAUAAAAUCUAAAUGUUGUCUGAGGAAGCUAUAAAAUCAAUGUUAAAAUAAAUCUGACAUUUUGAGUAAUC